CUGUUCACAGAUAAGGUUGAUGUUCAUUCUUCUGCUGAUCAACUGAUCCUAAUAAUCAACUGGUUGUAAAACUGACACUAUUCUCAUUUUAUCUGCAGAAACUCAGUCUGAAGGUCUAUCAAAGUCUGUCUGAGAACAUGCUGACAGUCAUCAUGUUACUGAGUGUCUUCUUUCUUCCUGGUGUUUUUGCUGACUACUGUCAAAACAAACCAGUAGCCCUCUUGAUCACAGCACCAAAGGAGAUUGAAGCUCUAAGUGGAUCUUGUCUGGAAAUCCCAUGUAGCUUUAAGACAAUGAGGCAGUUUGUCAGCAGGAGAACUACCAAUGGAGUCUGGAUGAAAAAUGACACAGAUUUUAGCAGCGAUCCAAAUGUAGUUAUUUUCAACAGCAGUAGGUCAGUUAACAAAUAUCCACUGAAUAUCACUGGAAACCUGAGAGAGAGAAACUGCACCACUCUGUUUCCUGAUUUAAAUACAAGUUAUACAGACAAAUACUUCUUCAGGAUUGAGAAUGGACCAUUCAGAACAACAGCUUGUGCUGAUCCUCUUCAAAUAAAUGUUAAAGAUUCUCCUUGGAGUCCCAGCAUUAAUGUUCCCUCUGACCUGAAGGAGCAUCAGUCUGUCACUGUAACCUGCUCAGCUUUCACUCCCUGUCCAAACUCACCUCCUGAACUCACCUGGAAUCUCCAACAAGACUCUCUCAGUCAAACACAGGAAAAAACAAAUGGAACUUUUACAACUAAAAUCCAGGAGAUCAUCACUCUGUCAGACACACAUGAUGGCUACAACAUCAGAUGUUCUGCCAGAUAUCAUGUGAUUGGAGGAAACAAGACAGCAGAGACAGAAGUGACUCUCAGUGUUUCAUAUGCUCCUAGAAACACCUCAGCAUCCAUCAGUCCAUCAGGUUUGGUGUCAGCAGGUAGCUGGGUGGAGCUGAGUUGCUCCAGCAGAGCCAAACCUCCACCCAGAUUCACCUGGUUCAGAAAGAGCAAAGAGGGAACAUUUAAUGUUUCUGUGGAGCAGGUUUACAACUUCAGUGUUAGUGAGAGAGGAGAGUUUUACUGUGUGGCUACAAAUAAUCUGGGGAAUCAAACAUCAUCAGUGAUUCUAACUGCUGAAGUGUUAGGAGUUGGGGUCUAUGCUACGUUGAGGAUUCUGGGAACAUUGAUGCUAUUCAGUGCAUUCUGCAUCUUUCAGUGCUGGUUUAAAUUAUCCAACAUACAAACGAAGGGCACAGGAGAAGCAGACGAUGUCCACAGAGUGACAGGACCAGGCAUCAUGAGCAUCAAGGAUACAUAGAGGACUGAUGUGAUAGACUGAUGAACAGUAGUCACUUUUCACCAGUCUAUCAGGUCACCAGUCCAUCACUGGUCCAACAGAUUUGGUCCAACACUAAAUUGGUAUUUCUCCUGCUGAUAAA